AUGAGCACCGGAGCGGGCAUCGAUUACAGCGUCUGGGAUCACAUCUAUGUGUCCGACGAUGAAGAUGUGACCAAUCCGUACGUGGACUCACCGAGCUUGUUCAGAAUGAGACACCGGGCCCGGCUGGAGAGACUGGCUGAGUUUCAGCAGAGAGGGGAAGAUCUGGAGUGCAACGUAUUGGAAUGCAAGAGGCAGUUAGAGGAAGCCCAGGGACGACUUAGAGAGCUGGAGGAAGGACGGAGAGAGGGAGAGGAGGACGAGGACAGAGAGGCUGAGCUGAAGAAAGUCCAGGACGAGGUGAAAAAACUGAAAAAGGAUGAAAAGUCGUUUGAGAAAAUGAUGAAAGAACACCGGCGAGAAGGAAAGAAACUGCCCUGGGAUGUUGAUAGUAUCAGCAAAGAAGGUUUCAGCAAGAGUGUGCUCAACAUAAAGCCUGUAACAAAGGAGGCAACGGAGGAGGAAAAGGCGGAGAAGCACAAGACCUUUGCGGAGAAGUACGCAAAGGAAAUCAAACACUUUGGUAUGACGCGGCGCUGGGAGGACAGUCAGAAGUAUCUCUCAGACAACCCACAUCUGGUGUGCGAAGAGACGGCUAAUUGCCUGGUCGUCAUCUGUAUUGACUUUGAGAUAGAUGAGAAACAUGCUCUGAUGGAGCAGGUUGCCCACCAGGCCAUCGUCAUGCAGUUCAUCUUGGAUUUGGCUCGGACGCUUAAGGUCGACGCAAGAGGCUGCUUCAGACAAUUCUUUUCAAAGAUCAAGACUGCAGACGAGCCGUACCAAGACGCGUUCGACCACGAGCUGGAGCUGCUGAAGGAGCGGAUCCGCAACUGUGCGCAGAUUCGUAAGGAGAGCGCUAUGAAGGAGCUAGAGGAAGAAGACAGGCAGGAGAGACUCGGCCCGGGAGGUUUGGACCCCGUACAGGUCUAUAAAUCCCUACCAAAGGAAAUACAGAAGAGCUUUGAUGAGAAGAACGUUCGGAUGCUGCAGGAAGCUAUCAACAAACUGGACCUGGACGAGGGAAAAUACCACCUAAAGAGGUGUAUAGACUCUGGACUGUGGGUCCCUGAUUCACUGGAGGGUGAUGGUGAUGAAGAGGAAGAAGCGGAUGAGGAUGAGGAAUACGAUUCAUAAGAGAAGAGUGAACAUUCUUUGUUAGUUGACAAAGUAAUGCUCUAUACAUGCAACAUAAUAUACACAUAUUUAAUAAGCAUAUGGAUAAAAUGUAAGCACUCCAUCAUAGACACACUAUUUACAAAUCUAACAAUCUGCCUCCGUCUGAUGUCCUACUGAGGUCAACAGCGCCAUCUCCAGUCUGUUUGAGGACAGAACGCACAUAAACUACAGCGCAGGCCUGCAUGAUGUAGUCUCCUCACUUAACUUUUUGCGAUUGACAACCAAAUUAAAUAUAAAAAUGUUUGAUUUAAUCAAAACCUCAGUUGGCCCUUGCAAUGCAUUCUGAAUAUUACAGUUGUGGCGCUUUGCUGGACAACAUAACAAACAUCGUAGAAAAGUUUACAUGAAUUUGAAUUAGGUGAACUUGGAUGAAGUUAGCUUUUUAUUAAGACUGUCAAUGGUGUUGGUUCAACUAGAAAGUGACGUCGACUCUGGCCUGGUCCUCUACAGACUUGAUGUCCCAAUAUUACACGCUAUCAAACACUAUAACAACAACUAGUUUUUCCAAUCCAAACCUCCCGAAAACUGCACUAUACCUGUCGUAAAUAAUAAAAUGUCUGUAUUGUAGCACUUUAUGACAGAAAGAUAGCAAACAGAACCAUAACCUUGGCAUAGUCCACUUAUAUAAUGCUGUACAUACUAUACAAAAACUGAGGUAUAAACUUAAAUAAUAUCAGAACGUAUGUAAUAAUAUAAAUAUGUGCUUAAACGGCUCUUCCACUUUUGCUGUUUUGAGUUUGUAUUGUUGGUAUGGUAGGACCUACAGCGAGGGAACUAUCAGUUGAUAUUUGCUUAUUGCAAAUAUACAGGUAUACCUGGCGUAUGUUCAGGUAUAUGCCAGCCGAUACGUAUCAAGGUAUUGUUUUAGACCAUUUAUGUAGAAAAAUAAACAUCUCAUAUGUCAUCAUGUCGUUCUUGUCACUCUUAAAUAUCAAUGCUGGUAUCAACAUCAAAAAUCCAUCACAGGUCGUAAACCUGUCGAGAUUCUGUUCAAUUGGAUUUCAUUGUAAUCACAAAGCACAACAUUGCUUUGCAAAUGUAGACUUGAUGACUUGUUUUAUUAAGCUGGAGCAAGAGAAUAUUUGACAUUUCUGCGUGAAAAAUGACUGAAAG